GAGGAGCUCCGGCUGCGCUCUCUCCCGGCAGUGGCUGUGCGUCUCAGCGCUUGUCUGGUCCCCACCCCUUUUAAAUAAGCCGGUCUGGUCGCCGCCCUCACAGACUAGUUGGCUGCGGGGAGGCGGGGGCGGCGGGGUUGCGGCCGGGCCCCAAGUUGGGCCGGCGCACGGGGUCAGCGGAGCCGGACUACGAGUCUGAUGUCUACGAGGCGGCGGCCGGGGACGCGGUGGCAGUAGCUCCGGCGCCGGCUGCCGUGGAACCCGCCGAAUUGGAUUUCGGAGGUGGCGAAGGCCACCACCUGCAGCACAUCAGCGACCGGGAGAUGCCCGAAGACUUAGCUUUGGAAUCAAACCCUUCUGACCACCCAAGGGCAAGCACAAUUUUCCUGAGCAAAUCUCAAACGGAUGUGCGAGAAAAGAGGAAGAGCAACCAUUUAAACCAUGUAUCUCCAGGGCAGCUUACUAAAAAGUAUAGCUCAUGCUCAACAAUAUUUCUAGAUGACAGCACAGUCAGCCAGCCUAAUCUUAGAACCACAAUAAAAUGUGUGACCUUAGCAAUAUAUUACCACAUAAAGAACAGAGAUGCAGAUAGAUCCUUGGAUAUUUUUGAUGAGAGAUCACAUCCACUCACACGAGAAAAGGUUCCAGAGGAAUACUUUAAGCAUGAUCCUGAACACAAAUUCAUUUACAGAUUUGUUCGUACUCUUUUUAGUGCCGCACAACUAACUGCUGAAUGUGCAAUAGUAACUUUGGUUUACUUAGAAAGGCUUUUAACUUAUGCUGAGAUCGACAUUUGCCCCACUAACUGGAAAAGAAUUGUUUUGGGAGCCAUUCUUCUUGCCUCCAAGGUUUGGGACGAUCAGGCUGUAUGGAAUGUGGACUACUGCCAGAUCCUCAAGGACAUUACAGUUGAGGACAUGAAUGAGAUGGAAAGGCACUUCCUGGAGCUGCUUCAGUUCAAUAUUAACGUCCCGGCCAGUGUGUACGCCAAAUACUACUUUGACCUGCGCUCCUUAGCAGAUGACAACAACCUGAAUUUUCUGUUCACUCCUCUUAGCAAAGAGCGAGCACAGAACUUAGAGGCCAUUUCCAGAUUGUGUGAAGACAAAUACAAAGACUUGUGUAGAGCUGCUAUGAGAAGGUCUUUCAGCGCUGAUAAUUUCAUUGGUAUUCAGCGCUCCAGUGCCAUCCUCUCUUAAGGGAGAAGUGAGGGGUUGUAACAUCAUAAACCCCUCGUAACAAGGACUGGAGAAAUAUCACCUCUCCUGCUCAGAAACCAGCAAAGUUAGUAUAAUCACCUUAAAGAAAGACACUGAAUUCAAGAGACUCAUGGACAAGCGAAGAUUAUGCCGUAGGAAAGAACGGGACCUCAUCAAUGUAACACACUCUUCUGUCCUUUUUAAUGUAAACAGAGUUACAAAAACCACUCCAAAGCCGAAAGCUCCCAAUCCACGCACAGAUAUCUGCUUACUAUGUAGGCCGAUAGCUGUGAACUAUGUGAGGUUUUUUAAUUAAUAGUUUAAAUUUUUAGACUUUAAAGACACUAACUAUAUAAUUUUUCCUGUUUUUCUUGCCUCACUGUCCCAUGCUGCUGCAUAUUCCUUUAGAAUCAGUGCAGUAUUACCAUUAAAAAAUGUGACUCCUAACAACUCAUAAAGCCAAACUUAGGAACAGACUGUUGUAGCAUCAUUAGGUUUUGAAGGGUUCUUCCUCCCUACUAUAUCAUUGAAGCUGCUAGUCAUUAUUGGCAAUCAGUUUAAACCAAAAAGCUGCUGAAUAACACUUGUCAUCCACAUUCUUUGCAGGCAGUACUUAUUAGCAUAUUAGCAUGUGUGGGAUCAUAAACAGAGAAAGUAGGUUAUUUACUUCUAUUGGGUCCAUGCUGCAUUUCUUGUUAACUGUGAUGGUGCUUCUGAUUUUGUGAUGAUUUUCCUCUUUGUUAAAUACUUGUAUUAAAGGAU